AUGGCCACCGUCCUGUCGGCACUUGACGGCAUCUCCCUUGCGAAGACAGACAACAUCAACAACCCCGCCACCUUGUCGAUUCCCUCCCCAGGCUUCCCCCACGACUUUGACAUCUCGCCCGACUUCAUCUGGUCUGACCGCCGCGCAGAUUUAUUAAAGCCUUUCCCGACCCUUCCUUCCAUCACCGCCACCCCGGACGCCUCUUGCCGCCCAGCUGACCCCACGCCGACAAGCCGCCGCAGAUUCAACGUUGGGUCGAACCAGCAGGGUGUGUGUGUCUCGUGGGCUCGUCGGCUUACACAACAAAGCCUGCGAGAGGCUCUCUUAAUAUCCCAGCGCCGGCCAAAAGCCACAAACACCAAACCGCGCCCGCCUGUCUCGUUUCCCCCCCCUCCCACUACGUCGGCGGCGUGCCUGCGUGGCCGCGACGGCUUCUCUCUUGGCUUACUCGUCACACCCGAUUCUGCCUGCCCCUCCCCCGGCGUGCUGCAACGAUCUCCUCACGCCGUCAGUUAUCAGCAUCGACAUGAUGUUCUAGGUCCCAACCUCACCUCUCACGAUAUAUUCCCCUCCUCGCCUCCUUUCCCCUCUCUCUUUCUCUUCCCCUCCUCCACACAAGCCACAGACAUGCCGGACACUUCCAGCAAGAUCCGCCAGGGCCUUGCCAGGGGCCUUGGCAUACAGCUGGAGGACCCCGACCGCGGCCGCGAUGCCGUCACCAGAGGCGAGUCGGUCAUGUCGGCCCAAACCAGUGACUCUUUCUUCGAGGGCCCUCCGACCUCUUUCGAGUGGAUUCAGGAGCAGGCCCCUACGCGCGAGGAGACAACUGCCUACAUCAAGUCUCUCUUCCCUUUUCUCACCUGGAUCACCCACUACAACUUGCAGUGGCUGGCUGGUGACCUCGUCGCCGGCAUCACCAUCGGUGCUGUCCUCGUCCCUCAGGGCAUGGCUUAUGCACUGCUCGCCAACCUCGAGCCCCAGUUUGGUCUGUACUCGUCCUUUAUGGGAGUCAUCAUCUACUGGAUCUUUGGCACCUCGAAAGAUAUAUCCAUCGGUCCCGUCGCUGUCCUUUCCACAGUCGUUGGCACUGUUGUGGCCGAUUUGAAAGCAGCUGGCCUGUCGUACUCGGCAAACGUCAUUGCCUCUGCUUUGUCCAUCAUCGCUGGCUGCAUUGUGCUGGGUAUGGGCCUGCUGCGGCUUGGUUGGCUUGUUGACCUGAUAUCCAUCACGUCUCUAUCGGCCUUCAUGACGGGCUCCGCUAUUACCAUUGCUGUCAGCCAGCUGCCUGCUCUGCUCGGUCUGCACGGCUUUUCCAACAGAGAUGCCCCAUACAAAGUCGUCAUCAAUACUCUCAAGCACCUUCCUCACGCCAAGCUCGAUGCUGUCCUCGGUCUCACCGCGCUGUUCCUACUCUACCUCAUCCGAUACACCCUGACGCGCGCCGCCGAGCGCUGGCCCAACAAGAAGCGCAUCAUCUUCUUUGCCAAUACCAUGCGGACCGUCUUUGCGAUUCUGCUCUACACCAUGAUCUCGUGGCUCGUCAACCGAAGCCGCCGUGGGCACCCGGCGUUUAGCGUCCUUGGUGUCGUUCCCAAAGGCUUCCAAAACGUCGGCCCGCCUCUGUUGGAUAGUGCGCUCAUCUCUAAAUUCGCCACGCACCUGCCUGCCACUGUCAUUGUCAUGCUUGUGGAACACAUUGCCAUUUCCAAGUCCUUUGGCCGUGUCAACAACUACACCAUAGACCCUUCGCAAGAAAUGGUCGCCAUUGGCAUGACCAACAUUCUUGGACCCUUCCUUGGCGGCUAUCCCUCGACUGGCUCAUUCAGCCGCACUGCCGUCAACUCCAAGGCCGGUGUCCGCACCCCCGCUGCUGGCAUCAUCACCGGCCUCGUGGUCUUGAUUGCCACGUACCUUCUCACAGCAGUCUUCUUUUACAUCCCGAGUGCCUCACUUGCUGCCGUCAUCAUCCACGCCGUCGGCGAUCUCAUCACGCCUCCCAACACUGUCUACCAGUUUUGGCGCGUCUCGCCUCUCGAGGUCUUUGUCUUUUUCAUCGGUGUCUUUGUUAGUGUCUUUGUUCACAUUGAAGAAGGCUUGUACGCCACCGUCUGUCUUUCUGCGGCCAUUCUCCUCUUCCGCAUUCUCAAGGCACGGGGUCGAUUCAUGGGCAAGGUCCGUGUCCACUCCGUUUUGGGCGACCACGUCAUCGGAGCCGACCACAAGCAGCUUGUUGGCGAGUAUGGCACUUUUACCGAGACGCUCGAGCACUCGUCCCGCAACGUCUUUUUGCCUCUGGACCACGGCGACGGUUCCAACCCCGAGGUGGAGCUCGAGAACCCGUAUCCCGGCGUCUUCAUCUACCGCUUCUCGGAAGGCUUCAACUACCCGAAUGCCAACCAUUCUCUGGAAUAUCUCGUCGACUACAUCAAGUCCCAAACGCAACGCACCAGCGCCGAGAUGUUUGAGCGCAAGGGCGACCGGCCAUGGAACAACCCCGGCCCCCGCAAGACUGCCAAGAGCCGCGAAACCCGCGAGGAUCAGCUGCCGAACCUCAAGGCCAUCAUUCUCGACUUUAGCUCCGUCAACAAUGUCGACAUUACUUCGGUCCAGCGCCUCAUCGACGUGCGCAACCAGCUCGACCAGUACACGGCCCCCGAAGUCGUCGACUGGCACAUUGCCUGCAUCAACAAUCGCUGGACCAAGCGCGCCCUCAUCGCCGGCGGCUUUGGCGUGCCCACGACGCCGUCGGACGGCCUGCCUCACCGCUGGCGCUCGAUUUUCAGCGUAGCCGAGAUUGGCGGCAAGAACUCUGCCGCUGCCGUCGCCGAGGAGAGCGCGCACGACCGCGAUCUGGCCCUCGGACGCCGCCACAGCCUAGUGCUUGACGAGGAGAUGGGCGAAGCAGGUGACUUGGGCAUCUCCGACUCGGACGAGCCCGUCUCCGCGAGCGUUUUUGACGAGAAGCCGCCGAAUCUGGUAGCCACCCUUUGUCAGCGGCGCAAGGGUGCCGUCGUGAGCGGAUUGGAUAGGCCACUCUUCCACAUUGAUCUGACGAGCGCCGUUCAGAGCGCCAUUUCCAACGUCGAGGCUAGAGAAGAAUUCCGCGCUGAAUCUGUCAGGGCGCCUUAA